AUGGUCUUCAAUAUACGCAGGCGCGCCGACCAAGGGGAGAUCACUCCCUACAUUGUCGCCUAUGAUGCCGAAACGACCGGGAUCGAGACCCUCAACACCCUGAAAUACUGGGAGCAGCAUCACAAGCUCGACCCGAAUCUCCCGCUCGAGGAUCUCAACGAAAUAGAUGGCGUUCUGGCAGAGGGCAACUGCGAGAAGGGUGUUGAGGUGGAGGCGGCUUUGAUGGAAGACAAUAGCCCAUACCCCGAAGUCCGCGCAACGGUCAGGAACUUUGAUGUCGAUGUACCCGCCAACACCAUUCGCGCCUGGGUAAUUGGCCUCUUGCUGUGCACGUUUGGUUCGGCCAUCAAUAUGUUAUUCAGUUUAAGAAAUCCAAACGUCGUGAUUACCACGUGGGUCAUUCAGUUGAUCGCGUAUCCGAUAGGCCUAGGGUGGGACUUGAUAUUCCCUGACCACGAGUUCAAAGUUUUCGGAUGCAGAUUCAACCUGAGACCGGGAAAGUUCAACUUCAAAGAGCACGUCAUUAUCGUGUGCAUGUCCAAUGCGGCUUAUGGAGGCGGAACGCUUUAUGCGACCGACGCCUUGCUUGCGCAGCAAAUUUAUUAUGGGCAAAACUUUGGCUGGGCCUUUCAACUAUUAUUUGGCAUCACGACCCUUUGUACUGGUUAUGGCCUAGCUGGUCUCGCCCGUCGCUUCCUUGUCUGGCCUGCGGCAAUGAUAUGGCCGGCAGACCUCGUCAACGCCUCCCUCUUCUACACCCUUCACGACCACUCGCCGUCGGACCCGGAGAGGACAAAUGGCUGGAGCAUCGGACGAUACAAAUACUUUCUCAUCGUCAUGACUUGCUCCUUUGUGUGGUACUGGUUUCCGGGUUGGAUCUUUCAAGGUUUAUCGUACUUCACAUUUAUCUGCUGGGCUGCGCCAAACAAUGUCGUGGUCAACAAGAUCUUUGGUGGCCUCGAAGGCUACGGAUUGUUACCGAUUACUCUCGACUGGACAGUCUUGGCAGGCUAUGUCGGAUCACCUCUGAUUCCGCCGUUCCAUGCCUUGGCCAAUACAAUCGCCGGGGUGCUCGUCUUUUUCGUGUGCGUGUCCAUGGGCAUCCAUUUCUCUGGUUUUUGGUAUGCCGACUACUUUCCAGUCCAGUCCUCCAAUGCCUUUGACAAUACAGGAGCCGUCUACGACGUGACACGCAUAUUGAACCAAGACAUGAUGUUUGACGAGGAAAAGUACGAAGCCUACUCUCCCCUCUAUCUCAGCACGCAGUUCGCCAUCUGCUACGGACUGGCCUUUGCAGCGGUCGGUGCGAUCAUCGUGCAUGUUGCCCUCUACCAUGGCAGGGAGAUCAAGGAACAGUUCAAACUUGCACGUCAUCAAGAGGACGAUGUGCAUAUGCGCCUUAUGAAGAAGUAUCGAGAUGCGGAAGAUUGGUGGUAUGCGGCCCUGUUUGUCAUCAUGAUCGCGCUCUCCUUUGUAGUCUGUUGCGCUUGGCCAACCGGAUUUCCCUGGUGGGCCUACAUUGUCUGUAUGAUCAUUCCCAUUAUCUGGACGAUACCUAUCGGCAUUAUACAGGCAAUCACAAACAUCCAGCUUGGCCUCAAUGUGUUGACCGAAUACGUCGUCGGCUACAUGUUGCCCGGCCGCCCCGUGGCCAUGAUGAUGUUCAAGAACUAUGGGUAUUUGGCAAUGUCACAGGCGCUGUAUUUCGCACAGGACCUCAAGCUGGGACACUAUAUGAAGGUGCCCCCGCGGGUCAUGUUCUUUUCGCAGCUGAUAGCCUCCAUAUGGUCUGCUAUUGUGCAGAUUGCCGUCAUGAACUGGGCUCUGGGCAGCAUAUCCGACGUCUGCAGCGACGACCAGCCAAACUCUUACACGUGCCCCGGCGGCAAGGUCUACUUUACGGCGUCCAUCAUAUGGGGAGCCAUUGGCCCUGCACGCAUGUUUAGCCGCGGCGCGCUCUAUUCGAGCCUGCAGUGGUUCUGGCUGGUCGGCGUCAUUGCGCCCAUCAUUACCUGGUUCUUUGCCCGGCGCAACCCCAAGGGCAUCUUCCGCUACGUCAACAUGCCGCUCUUCUUUGGCGGGUCGGGUCUGAUUCCGCCCGCGACAAACUACAUAUACCUCUGCUGGGGCGUGUGCGGCCUCGUCUUUAAUUAUUUCAUCAAGCGCAGAUGGACGGGCUGGUGGAUGCAGUACAACUAUAUUACAAGUGCAGCACUGGACUGUGGGCUCAUUGUUGCCACCAUAGUCAUUUUCUUUACUCUCUAUUUGACGGAGGCGACACCACCGUUAUGGUAUGGCAACACGGCAGUGUACGAGACCUUGGAUCAGACGGGCAUGGCGAUUAAAACGUUUGUAGCUCCGGGGCAGAAGAUUGGGCCGUCCACUUGGCCGUAA